AUGGCUUCCCCAACUCCCCAAACCUCACACUACUUCACCACCCCCUCCCUCUUCCCCCUCUCCGGCGGCUGCGUCUGCCGCAAAAUCCGCUACACCAUCCUCGCCGCGCCCCUCGCCGUAAACUGCUGCCACUGCCGCUGGUGCCAGCGCGAAACCGGCGCCUCCUUCGCCCUCAACGCCAUCCUCGAGGCGCAGCACGUGCGCCACACGGGGGCCGCCGAGCCCGUCCUCUCCACCAUCCCGUCCGUCAGCGGCGCCGGGCAGACGCUCGCGCGCUGCCCAGACUGCGGCGUCGUCGUGUGGAGCAACUACGCGUUCCACGGCCCGCUGACGCGCAUCGUGCGGGUCGGCACGCUGGACGCGCCGGACGCGCUGCGGCCCGAUGCGCAUAUUUUCACCGAGAGUAAGCAGCCGUGGGUGGAUUUGAGCAAGGAGAGGGCGUUUGUGGGGUACUACGACGUGGAGAAGGUGUGGCGGAGGGAGAGCUUGGAGAGGUUGGAGGUGCUGAAGCCGGAGGUGGCGAAGUGGAGGGAGGAGACGGGGGGGAAGAAGAUGGAUGCUUUGGGAGGGUGAGAGUAAUUCAGGAGCCGUUUCAUGGGUUCGAGGCGUUGGCUUUGGGGCGAGGGAGAUGAAUAGUCAUUUGA